AUGGGCUCUAGAUCCCUAGGGGUAACUUUAGGACAUUCAGGUGUUAGAAUUCCUUUUCUGACUUUUGCUGAUGAUACAAUGAUUUUUGCUAAAGCUUCGGAGGAAAGUUGUAUUACUAUAAAAGCUAUUCUUGACAAGUAUUGUACUAUGUCAGGACAAUUAAUUAAUUUUCAUAAAUCUGCUUUUCAAUGUACGCAAAAUGUGUCUGAUAACGUGUCUGUUAAUUUUGCCGAAAUUCUUCAAAUGGAAAAAUCCUUCUCGCUGAGUAAGUAUCUGGGGUGUCCCAUUAUUGACUCUAAAGUCACAAAUGCUACCUUUGCUGAUUUGCAAGAGAAAGUUAGUUCUCAAUUAACUAAAUGGAAAGCUAAUUCUCUGUCUCAAGCAGGGCAGACUAUUCUAGUUCAAUCCAAUCUUGCUACAAAAGCUAAUUACCAAAUGCAAAGUUUUUCUCUCCCCCCAGCUAUUCUUUCCUCCCUUGAUAAGUGCUAUCGGAAUUUCUUUUGGAAUAAAGAUAGUGAUGCUAAAUCCCCUAACCUGAUUGGUUGGGAUAAGAUCUGUAUUCCAAAAAAAUUUGGUGGUUUAGGGCUUCGAAAAGCUAAGGUCAACAAUAAUGCGCUUCAAUUUAAAUUGUUAUGGAAGAUUUUGGAGUCUCCGGAUAAUUUGUGGGUCCAAUUAGUUACUCGUAAAUAUCUUAAGAAUGAUGACCUGUUUAGUUAUAAAGUUAAGGCUAAUGUUUCUUGGCAAUGGAGAAGGUUAAUGAGUCUUCGUAUCACGUUUAAGAAGGGUCUCCGGUGGAUUGUGGGUAAUGGCGAGCAGAUUUCCUUUUGGUUUGAUAAUUGGAUCUUUAGUACUGCUUUGGAAGAAAACUACCCUGUUCCCAGGGGAUCGGAGGCCCUAAAAGUUAGUUAUUUUAUUAAUCAGGAUGGCCAUUGGAAUGUGUCUUCACUUAGGCAGUAUGUUCCGGUUGACAUUGCCACUUUAAUUGCGAACUAUUAUUUACCUAGUAAUUCGUGUCAGGUUAAAAGGAUUUGGGGGCUUACUCCGGAUGGUAUCUAUUCAGUUAAGUCAGGAGUGGAGCUUCUUCAAGGGUUUAAUCAGCAGGCAGUUGUCCCUUCACCUUUUGGGUGGAUUUGGAAGCUGUCUAUACCACCAAAAAUUAAGUUCUUUUUAUGGAAAUUAAGUCAUAAUGGGAUUCCUACUAAGAAAAGGUUUCAAAUGGAAUGUAUGGUUAUAGGGUGGUGGUUUGUUUGGUUUGCGCGUAAUGGGGUCAUUUUCAGGCAGGAUUCGACUUCUCCUAUUAAGGUUAGUUCGAUGAUUAAAGCUUUUGUGAAUAAUCUAAAGAUUACGGGGGAGGUUGUUGCGAGUGUGGACUCUGUGAUUACUCCUGCUGUUGCUCGGAAUAUUAAGGUGGUGGCUCGGAAUAAUGUUUUCUGGUCUCCUCCUCCGGCGGAAUUUCUUAAAGUCAAUUUUGAUGGUUCUAAGUUGGCUACUGGGCAAGCGGCUUUUGGUUUUGUUAUUCGAGAUGCUGAAGGUGUUGUUAAGCUGUGUGGGGCUGGGGCUAUGGACAGUUCGGUCUCCAUCUUAGAAGCUGAGGCUAGGGGUCUUCGGGAAGUUAUUAAUGCUGUUAAUCGAGUAUGGAAGAUUCCUUGGAAGAUUCAUUCUUCUAUUUUGGACACGAUCCAAGAGCUGGGUCACUUUGAGGAAGUGCAGAUCUAUCAUGUCUUUAGGGAAGCUAAUGCGGCUGCAGAUUGGAUGGCGCAUAGGGGUCAUUCUUCGCCUACCACUACUUACUGGUUUGAUGUUCCUGUUUUACCUUUUACUGUAAUCAUCCGAAAGGAUGCUUUAGGGUGGCCCAAAUCCUGGGAUCCUCCCUAG